UACUACCUACGGUCCCUUCCUCCCUUACACACGUUGUCCCUAAUCGACGAAAAGUAUAAGUUCUCUACGACAAGAUGUCCCAUAACGAUUGGGUUGAAUAGUGGCUUCAGACAGAUUAUAGAAGCAAGAGUAAUAUUCGUUGGGACUCAAACCAUCAAUCGGCCGCUUGGACUCAUUUUAACCAAGUCGCACAUAGGCACCUUAACAAUAGUCAAGUAUAUUAAGAGUGCGGCCAACCAAAGGGCCGCAAAAGGCCUAAAGGCAGAAAUCAGUGGGUUUCUACAGAAAACGCUUAGUUCGAAUGACUUAGUCUGCCCCAUCGCCUCCUUAUGUUCCUUCCGCAACUACUAUCCGACGUCGACUACAAACCACGGUCAAAGAACGAUACUUAGCAAAACCCAAGAUGUCACAGCACACUAUGUCUUUAAGAUCUACAACAAACUCUUUAAGCAUCUUAAGUAG